AUGUCCGCUCUGGUCGAGUAUGCGUCCUCUUCGGCAGCGAGCAGUGAUCACGAGGAGGAGAUGCAGCAGGUCUCCGUCGAAGUAGAUGAACCCGCAUCGGCCCAACCACCCGUACACCCAGCGGCACCAGCAGACGCACCACUUGAACAAGCUGCUCCUGCACCACCCUCAGCACCCCCGGUCGUAGCAUCAGAACCACCACAAGCUGAACAAGAUUCGAAAGAUGACCAAGACGAGGAUCAAGAUGAGGAUGAGGACGAGGAUGAUGACGAUGACGACGACGACGACGACAUGACGCCUGAACCCGAUUAUUCGUUCGCCUCACCACCACCCCCACCACUCGACACCAACGGUCACGGUCACGCCGAGGACGUUGACCAAGAGCACGAGCCACCACAAGACAACAACCACGACUACGAAGAACAAGGAGAAGAGCCUACAAAGUUGAAAGCCGCCACGAGAAUACACGAACUCGAUAUCGUACAACAAGUUCGUUCCCUUCUCCACCUUCGGAAAACUCUUGGACCACCAAGCUGACCCUGUCGCGCGCGCCCCGAAUAGGACAUUGCCAAGCUACUUCAUCUCGCCGGGUGCACCUUGGCCAGUCUCGACCCCGAACCCAAUCCAAAUCUCGCCCCAUCGAACGAGAAGCCUACGACCAUCCCCGAGGACAAGAAGGAACGCUUUGAUCACUUUGCUCAAGCCUACUUCACAACUCUCAAUGUCCGUCUGUCGGCAAAGGAAAAACUUGACCUCACAACUCUGACGGGUUCUUCAGAUCCUUUCCUCUACAGGACAUUCAACUCUCUCUUCGAACGAGUAUCCGCCAUCUCGCCCUAUCGAAACCUUCCCUACAGGCUCUGCUCGAUCCCAACUAUGCGUCUCUCCUACCGACUCAGGCAUUGGAACCCGGUCAAUCGAGCAUCGCCGCGGGGGGGAUCGCCCAUCGGUGCCGUAUUGAUCCUCUACCGUUGACCAAGUCGAUUCCCAAAUGGACCACACGGGACGCGCACGCGACGAGUGCGGCUCGUGUCGAGGAGGAUGGGUCGAUGAGAUUGAGUGUCGCGGCGAGGGCGUUACAGGCCGAGGCUUGGCGUGAUUUGGCCCGAAUUGCCAGCGCGGGCCAGGACCGAAUGAAAGAGUGA